AUGCCAAAUACUGUAAUGAUGUUAUCUUUGAGUGAUCCACUUCCCUGUGUUUUAAGUACUGCAGAGGUUAUGUUUUCUCCAUUCGUAUUUGUACAAACCAUCGGAAUCCCUUUUGCAGUAAGAGCAUAUGCCUGGAUUGAUAACAUCAACUAUUCUGAAAUCAAUUUUGAUUAUGAUAAGGAGAAGCUCCAAGAGAGAUUAGCAAAACUUUCUGGUGGUGUUGCUGUUUUGAAGGAUAAUGAAAAGUCAUUCUCGCUGAAAACCGUGGCGGAUGGUCAGAACUCGGUUAAUUCCUGGGCUUUGAGAAUUCCAUUCCCGUGGUUGGUCUUUAAUGAGAAGAUCAAAGUGAACUCUGUUUUUCUCCUGGAUACAACUGUUGUUUCCGAUUUCGUCCUGCUGCUGUUUGGUGGAAGCAUCUCAAAAGGCAAUAUAUUUUAUGAUACUUCUGUUUAUGGUAGUGGGUUUCCACGUUUAGCUGAUGAAAGACCAUCACCAUUGGUAUGUAUAGCUUGA